GGAGCAUGUCUUACACUGCUCGCCUCAGAUCAAGUCUUAUAGUUUCUUUUGUAAUAUUUGUGGGGAAAAAAAUUGAAUGGGGCUUAAAGGAAAAUUGGUUUCUCAAAUAGAUAUUAAAUCCGAUGGGAAUUUAUUCUAUCAAAUAUUUAGAGAGAGACCAUACGAUACAUCAGUUACGAGCCCUGGUAUGAUUCAUCGUGUUGAUUUGCACUGUGGUGAAUGGGGAACUGUUGGCUCUGUCACGUUAUGGAAGUUUAUCCUAGAUGGAAAUGAGAGGGUAUCCAAAGAAAUGAUUGAAGCUAUAGACGACGAAAGAAAGACAGUGACCUACAAGGUGAUCGAAGGAGAUCUUGCAGAGUUAUACAAGACCUUCAAAUACAUUAUUAUUGUCGACUCCAAUGGAGACCGCAGCUUGAUAACAUGGACCUUAGAGUACGAGAAGAAGAACGAGAAUGUCCCAGAUCCCAACACAAUGAUGGCCUUGUGCCUUGCUCUUACUAAAGAUAUUGAGACUCACAAUCUUGCUCAGCUCAAUUAAAAAGCUUUAUAAAUUUUCAAGAGAUGGCGCCUUUGCUUUGGAUUACUAUAAAUAAUGUGUGUGAAUAAAUUAUGGACUUGGUAAAGUUCGCUUCUAAGAAAUUCUGUAACUGCUUGCUUUCGCUGUUGUGUUAUUAGAUGUAUUAAUGUGAAAUAUAGUAAUAAUAAGAAUAAAAUAUUUACAUUCUGUGUUGAUAUGUA